AUGAAGGUAUACGAUCCCGAUUUCGAUAGAGCCGUUAUGUGUGAGCAGAUUGUAGGAUUAGGAAAUGGGACUCUUGAAGGUAUUAGAUCUAAUAUUAAGAGGAAACGAUUGAGUUCUGAGGUCGGAUUGAAUUCCGAUUUCAAGAAUCUGAAAAGGGUUACUGUUAGCGGCGGUGGUGAAUGGGAUCACGAUAGAAGGAUAUCGAAAUCUUGUUUUCCGGUAGGGUUAAGAGGCUUGAACAAUUUGGGCAACACGUGUUUCAUGAACUCUGUGUUGCAAGCAUUGCUUCAUGCUCCUCCUUUUAGAAAUUACUUCCUUAGUGGUAGACAUAACAAGGAUUCUUGCCGGAAAGCCUCUAACGACCGGUUUUGUUUAUCCUGUGACAUCGAGGUCAUCUUCUCCGCAGUGUUUUCCGGUGACCGGGCACCCUACAGUCCUGCUCAAUUCCUAUACAGUUGGUGGCGGCUUUCAGAAAAUCUUGCUUGUUACGAGCAACAAGAUGCUCAUGAAUUCUUCAUGUCAGUGCUGGAUCGGAUCCAUGAGAAAGAAGGGAAAACAAGAAACACAAGCAAAGAUAAUCCCGCCGGAGAUUGCCAUUGUGUAGUUCAUAGAGCGUUUUCUGGGUUACUGAGAUCCGACGUCACCUGCACAACCUGCGGUUUCACUUCCACUACCUACGAUCCAUGUGUAGACAUAUCUCUUGAUUUAAACACAAAUAUCGAUCAUACUCUUCAUAUCGCUAGUAACAAAGCACAAAAGUCAACAGACACCGGAAUUUCAACUUUGACUAGUUGCCUAGACCUUUUCACCCGGCCUGAAAAAUUGGGCUCCGACCAAAAACUAUUCUGCCAAAACUGUCAAGAAAGACACGAAUCUGUUAAACAAAUGUCAAUCAGAAGACUCCCGUUAGUCUUAUGUUUACAUGUGAAACGAUUCGAACACUCUCUUGCAAGAAAAGCGUCGCGAAAGAUCGACCGACAUUUACAGUUCCCGUUUUCUUUAGACAUGACGCCGUAUGUGUCGUCUUCGAUUGUCAGGAAAAGAUUUGGGAACCGGAUUUUUGCGUUCGAGGGGGACGAAUCGGACAUUUCAACAAAUUUUGAAGUUUUUGCUGUGAUUACUCAUUCGGGUAUGCUUGAAUCGGGUCAUUAUGUGACUUAUCUUCGGUUGAAUGAGCAAUGGUACAAGUGUGAUGAUGCAUGGAUCACGGAAGUCGAGGACGAAAUUGUCCGAUCAUCGCAAAUUUACUUGGUGUUUUAUGUUCAGAAACAGAACGAGCAUAAAUCCGGCGAGGAUUCCGGUUGUCAUCUCCGGUCGGCUUCCAGCGAGUCUUAUAAGUCGGUUGCUGGUUGUUGCUGAAGAUGGAUGGAUUGUGGAAGGUGUUACGUUAUGCUUUGAUCGGUUGUACCUUUGACUUUUGGUAAUCUGUUUGAGAAGUAUGGUGCAAAAUAAGGUCCAUUGAAAAACAGCCAUCAAUUUUAUUGGGUUUGGCUUUCUAACCUUCAUGUAUGUACAGGGUAAUUCUUUUGCUCGGAAAGUGAGAGGGUAUUUUUGGUAUUUUGCGUUUCUCUAACUUGGAAUCUCCUUUCCUAAUUGAUAAUUGAAGUUUUUACUUAAGUCCAAGAGCUUGUGGUCAUUUUUUUGAUGGUUUGGAUUUUGACUUAACAUAUCAAAAUGACUAGAAUGGAAAUCUUUUUAAUGAAUGAUUCAAAAUGGGUCGUCUAGUCAAGAGUGGCGUAACGGGUUUAGCUUGACUCUAUAUAUGUUUUUCUUUCAUUCAUUUAUUGCAAAAGAUGACUUUGGUAAAAAGAAAAUUGAUAAAAUAUUAAAUUCCAAAUGACAUGAAGAUUGUUUUUGGUAUUGUUGUAGAACAUGAAGGAUGCUCUCAGCUUAUUUAAAACAAUUUAUGCAUUUUUGUAUAAAUGUUUAUUAUCAUUAGACAUGCAAUUUUCUUUUGAGAGAUGAAAGUUGGAAUAACGUAGUUUGAAAGUUUUAAUAAAAAUUUGAGGAUGUAACGUCACAUUGACAUGACACAUAAUUGAAGAAAGGUGAAUGGAGGUGUAUAACAC